AUGGCACUCUUAACUUCAUCUGCAUUCUUCUUGAUUUAUUUCCCUGGAAAUGUCGAUGAUGUAGGGCUAAUUGAGGAAUACGAUACCCCAACGAGAUUGCUAGAGAACAAGUCGUCAUCUUUCGCCAAGCUUGUAGCAGAGUACACUGUAUUAGAUCUUCACGAGAACCGACUCCAAGCUCUGCCUACCCAGCUUCCUUACAAGCCUUCCCCAUUUUUGAAGGAGCUAGAUCUUAGUGAUAACGUGUUGCAGGGCCCUAUUCCAAGAUGGAUUGCUCAACUCACGAGUCUAGAAGUCAUUUAUCUUUCUUCCAAUGACUUCAAAGGUAGCAUGGACUUGGACAUGUUCUCAAACUUGACCACUCCUCGUUAUCUUGAUCUAUCUGAAGUCCUUGAUCUAUCAAAUAACAAUUUGGAUGGCACAAUACCAAGUUGUCUAGGUAACUUCAGCAGUUCUCUGUUGGAGAAUUUACAACAACUGCAAGUUCUCAUCCUGCACUCCAAUAGGUUCUAUGGCCAGAUUAAACAUCCCCGGAUGAGGAAUGCCUUUCCAAUGCUUCAUGUGAUUGACCUAUCUUCCAAUGCCUUCGCAAGCCAGUUGCCCUCUGAGUACUUCCACACUUGGAAAGCAAUGAUGAAAGAGGAAGAUGAAAAUUCCGGACCAAAUUACCUUGGAGUCAAAAGGGGUUAUUAUGAGUUUCAGAGCUCAAUGAAGAUAACAAUGAAAGGAGGAGAGUUUCAACUAGAAAGGAUUCUAGAUUUUUUCACAAGUAUUGAUCUCUCCAAUCAUCAAUUGGAAGGGAAAAUCCCAGAGUCCAUCGGAGAGUUUAAUUCAUUGCAUAACCUGGACUUGUCUAGUAACAACCUUGAUGGCCCUAUACCAUCAUCACUGGAGAAUGCUCACCAGCUUGAGUCAUUGGCUCUCUCAAACAACAAGCUAUCAGGGGAGAUUCCUGUGCAGUUAACAAGUCCAACAUUCCAUUCCUUCUUGGACUUGGCAGGAAACAACCUCGAAGGAGCCAUACCUAGCGGAGGUCAAUUCAACACAUUUCCUCUAAAAUCAUACGAGGGGAACCCAAUGUUAUGCGGAUUUCCAUUAUCCAGGAAAUGCAGAGUCGAUGAGGAAGCAGAGGCAUCAACUCAUGAACGACUCUUGGACUCUGAUCCGAGAAUUGAAUUUGAUUGGAGGGUGGCAUGGAUGGGAUACGGGUGUGGGGUGGUGGCAGGGUUGAGUAUUGGCUACAUUCUAUUCUGGGGGAAUGGAAUCUUCGCCCAGACCAUUCCAAUAAACAGGCAGCAUCCUCAAUCAACAAGGAGGCGAAGGAGGAGGAUUUAA